AUGGAAGGAGCCUUAUCUAUUGAAAAGAUGGAAUAUGGAACAACGACUUCGAGAGGCACUUACAUGAGAAGAAAUGAGCUCUAUUAUUUUUAUUAUUGCAAGGCGAAUCAAGCAAGAAUACAUGAAUAUCUAAGAAUUAAGUAUUAUCCGGCUAAUAUUCCGGACAUUACCAUGUAUUGGAAAAUAUAUGAAAAUAUAAUAGAAGCUGCGAAAGUACAUCUGACUACUUCUGCAAUAAUGGAUUGCCAAAUAGAGAUACCAUUAAUGAAGAAAAUAAAAAUACUUUUGCUGUCGAAAGUAAUGAGAAAUUGAGGGAAGAAAAUGAGAAAAAUAAGUUCACCAUUGCAAGUUUGGAAGCAAAAAUAA